CAAGCACCACUUCCAAGAGUCAGCAAUGCAGCUGCUGGGGAUGGCAAGCCUCCUGUCCGUACUGCUCAUGUUGUCAAGUGUAAAGGCAGCAGCACCUCUGGAAGACAGGCCGGGUCUUCGGUCAAGUCAGGAGCUGAACAAAGAAAGGAAAGAGAUUAUUUUGAAGCUCUUAUCUGGGCUGCUAGAUUCCGGCAACAAUCAGGUGGGAAUCGAGAGCACCUUCCCAAAUCCCGAGGAUAUGGAAGAGGUGAAACUGGAGGAGAGGUCCCGCUUCAGUCAGUUGCCCCAGCGAGAUCGCAAAGCUCCCUGCAAAAAUUUCUUCUGGAAGACCUUCACCUCUUGCUGACGUCGUACACAGCACCGCUGACAGUAUAACUCUCCUCAAAGGAACUGACUUAGCACUGUACAUACGAUGUUGCUUUCUAUUUUGUUCGCCUGUGGGGUAAAAUUUCCUUAUUUUGCACAA